AUGGCAUCGCUCGUGGCAAAGUUCGUGGGGAAAAAGAUCUUGGGGGAGACGAUCGAAAAUAAGUUUGGUAAAACGGACCCAUACUUUGAGACCGUUCCCGCAACUCGCCUAGAUGGCAAGCCCAGCAGGAGCGGAAGAACCAAGAAGCGCAAGAAGGCGCUGCCACCGGGCAUCUCUGAUCAUGACGCCAUGGUUUUGACCAAGGUGAAGAGACGAGCCUACCGACUCGACAUGUGCCUUUUCAACUUUGCCGGGAUGAGUUUUGGCUGGGGAACUGUGCUGGGUUUUAUUCCUGCAUUCGGUGACGCUCUUGAUGCGCUACUUGCCCUCAUGGUAAUGCGAACAUGCGCUGGCAUAGAGGGCGGGUUGCCGAACGGUGUCAAAAUCAAAAUGCUGUUCAACAUCGUGUUGGAUUUCUUUGUUGGUCUCGUGCCCGUCCUUGGCGAUCUGGCAGACGCUGCUUUCCGUGCCAACACUCGCAAUGCCGUGCUCCUCGAAGAGCAUCUCAGAGAAAAAGGAAAGAUUCGUCUAAGGAAGGCUGGCCAGGCUUUCCCAGCUGUUGAUCCAAGCGAAGCCGAUGAGUUCGACAGGAUGGAGAGGGAGAUUGCUUCACGCCCGCCCUCCCGUCAACCUUCUCGGGAGAACUCUCGAAACAAUAGACACGACUCACACCGCCCACGCCCCCCACGAGAACCAGAGCCAUCUCAUGCCCGAGAAAGUCGCGGGUGGUUCGGUCGGAAGACAUCGCGUCCACACGAUGUGGAAAUGGGACAAGUGCACGAUUCACGAUACGAUACCCGCAGAGGGGACCGCAGAGGUCGG